AUUGUAUGAUUGAAAUAUUGCAAGAUAAAAAAUAUAUUAAUAAAAAAAUAAAUUUUGAUACUAAUUUCCCAAACGACCUUUUGUUAAAAUUGGAAAAUGAAAAACAAACAAGAUUGAGUCAAAGCAUUGAAAUAUUGGAAAAUAUUAAGAUUUCGAUCACCAAAACACGUGUACCAUCUGACUUAGAACCAAAUAACACAAUCUACAAAAAAAUUGAACAUAAAGAUUCAUGUUUAAGUGAAAAAAAUAAAAAAUUACUUCAUCAACUUCGAACCGAACGAUUGGAACAUCUUUUGAUAUUUGUUAAAUUGAACAAGGAAAUCGAAAACCUAAAAGAAUACGAGAUCCCUGAUUAUAAAAAUCACGAAAGAUUAAAAUCAGACUUUCCAAAUGACCUUAAGCAAGAAUUAAAAGAAUCCCACCAAAAAAGACUCGAUUUCUUAAAAUAUCUAAAUGAAAUCCAAUUAAAUAACGAAUGGACAAGAGAAAUUAAGAAAAAAUUUGAAGAUUACAAGAAUAAAUUUAAUAACUU